AUGGGAUUUUUGAGUGGUGUGCUUGAUGCGGUGAAAGAUGAUGAUGCAGUUAAAAAAUACAAUGAAUACAUGCCUGAGAAUAAUAAGCUUGAAAAAGUACUAGAAACAUUAUCUAAAAAUAUUGGCUCCGGGCGUGCUGGGCUUGUGGAUGCUGUCGCCGCGGUGAAGGGGUGGUUGGAGGGGUAUGAGGGUGAAGUUGGUGAAAAAACAAAAAAAGUAACAGACAAUAUUACGCAUUUAAUGAACGAUUUGACACGUCACAAAGACAAUAUUGACAAUGAAAAGCUCUCUGACCUUUCCACGCAGAUUCAAAAUUGGACUGCACGCGCCGAGCAGUAUAGACUUCACGUCGUAGCAGCGGAGAAGGACAUGAAGCAUCUUGACUCCCAGCUAUCAGGUAAGUUAAAGUGUAACAUUUCAUUGCUGGUUCAGGCCACGGGAACGUUCAAGGAGGACGCAAAAGUUAGAGAUUUGAAAAUAAUUUUCCGUUUCACUGAAAGCAAGUUAAGUGAAGCGCUGUCGCAGUUUGAAAACGUUGCAGUUGAAAAGUGCAAAUGGAUCCAGUACUAUCUAAAAACACAGCUUCUUAACUUGUGUGAGAAAUUAACAGCUUUGCGUGAUAAGAAAUUCUUAGCGUUAGCUCAGUCCAUCGGCGAUCUUACGAUGUAUUCAAACGUAGUAGAUCAGGGUAUUAAAGAUAUAAUCGAUAAGUAUGGAAGGGAUAUCGUUGGCGGUUUACAGCAAAUAAUACAUAGUGCGUCUGAGGUUAAGACGUUGGUCGAGAGGGAGAAACAAACGCUUAAGGAGGAAGUGGAGAAGCUGCGGCAGCAAAUUAUUUUGCUUAUAAAGCUCGAAGGGCAAGUAAAAAUUGCGGUACCAAAAGACCAUUUGAAGAGUUAUCAAAAGCAAGGUGAAGAUAUAUGGAAUUUGACUAAGCAGAUUCAGCAGCUGAAAGACCAGAUAGUAAGCGAAAUGAAACAGCAUGUCGGAACUGCAAUUCUGCCUACCAUUAAAAAGGAGGUUAGCACAAUUAAAGCCAGCAUUGGUGAACCUAAAACAUUGCCAGGCGACGCUGAACCGGAAAACAACAGCAUAUAUCACAAUUGGGAUGCAAUUAGAGAAGAUAUUGAAGGAUGUGUUGGAGGUUUGAUCGGUGAAGAAGGUGGUGCAGCGACUGGAACGCUGAAGGUGAUUGUGGCCGGAGUUAAGAAGUAUGCAGAGGGCUUUAGCAGGGAGGCCUUUGAAGCUGAUGUGGUAAAGGAGUGGAUUCAUAAUAUAUUAGAGGACACCGAUGAAAGCAUUGUUCGGAGUAAAAUUCGUCAGUAUGUCACACUUAACCAGGGCCAGGGUAAGCUGCAGCAAAAGAAUGCUGAGAGUAUAAAAUCAGCUAUUGAGCGACAUCUCCCAGGGCAUAUUCAUACAGAAAUUACUAUGGUUGCACAAACGCAUCUUAGAGACGCAAAUGUGGAUAAUAUUGCAGCAAAGUUUGACGGUUUCGCAAAGCAAAUUAGUAAUACACUAAAUGACACGUUAAAUUCAUCUAUUGGGGCAGCAGUGCUGGCCAUUGAAAAGGAACUAGGGCUAAACGAUGGGAAAGCAAAUUUUAGACGCAAUCUAGAAUCAGCCGUUAGGACAAUAGUGCAGUGCUUAGUACAUACCUUCCAGCAUGUUGCUAAAGAACUGAAAAGAUUUGCCGAUGUGUCUCAAAUUAAGAAACUAACGCAGGUCAUACCAAGUGUCGAAGAUCUAGGCAAACAACUCACAACCAAUCAUCCCGGAGACAAGAUUGAUAAGGCGCUAUCAGAUGUGAAGCCGAGAAUCCAGACGCUUGACGAGAGUCUCGAUCAGGCGCAGAAAGUCGCAACGAAUACAGGUUACACCGCCACCAACAACACUCAUAUUGCCGAUAAAGUUAGGGCCAUGGACGAAAAGUUCGACGCGGCUAACAAACAACUCACCGCUCUUCUCAAAGAUACGGCGAUUAAAGGCAUACAUACUUUGUGGGUGAAGAUUGAUGAUAUGAUCAGGGAUCACCUUAAUGGAAUUCGAGAUAAAUUCGCAGGUCUUCGUAAUGUGGGUGAGACCACAGAUACGCCUGCAGCUGCAGUGCAGGGUUCAUCUACGCUUAUGAAGCAAACAACGCAACUCGAGAAUGACUUAAAAGAUUUCUUACAAAAUAAGGUUGGCGACAACAAUUCGAAAGAUGGCAGUGUUCACAAGGACCUAAAAGUACUGAAAGACAAUAUCAAAUUGCUCGUUGAAGAAGUUAAUAAAGUACGAACAAACGUCGAAACUGUACAGGCGGAGCUACAACAUUGUAUGCGAUUUGCGAACCGAUUAUAUAUUGCUGCACCUCAGAGGACAACAUCUGUAUUCGAUGAGUUGCGUCGUUUGGUUAAUGCAGACAUAACUGCAGCGUUCCACAAUAUGCAAAAUCAAAUCAAGGAUGUAUAUGCGGAGAGGAAGAAAAAUGAAGUCGCCGCCCUUUAUAAAAUCGUUGACGACCAAUUCACUGAAAUUAAGCAAAUAAUAGAGAACGACAAAGACCUCAGCCUCAAAGGCUAUUUAUCAAAAUUGCGCAGCAAAUUCAUACCACCGUUUAGUGAUUUCACUCAACCUGCAUCCCGUCCCCAGCUACCCGAAAAGAAGCUCUCCGACUUGGCGCCAAUUGUCAAAAACAGCUUCACCAAUUUCUUUGAUGAUUUGCGAACGCAACCCGACCUGCUGCCACUAACGGGCCGUGUCAACGCAAUUUCCAACGCUCUAAGCACCCUGCUCACCUCCCUCACCCGCUACGACCACACUUUUACCAAAAAUCUGGCGAAGGUAAAAAGCGAGAUUGACGACUUCGCCCAGCAGACGUAUGCCAACACCGCCCAGAGGGUGUCCAGGAGUCUCGUGCCAGGGUCGCGUGCGUUCGUGAAGGAGUUGGAUAAAGCGUACGUGAGGGUGUAUGAUGGGCAUUCUGAUCAUAUUGACUUCGAUAAUUUGGUUCAGAGAACCGGACAAAUAGUUGACUUGAAUGGGCCUCCCAGAUGGAUUACCGUUUCAACCCCGGAUGGCACCAAGCUCGCCAAAAUACUCCUGACGAUUUUCAACUUUAUUUACGAAGACAUAAUCAGAUUGAUAAAUAAAUGUGACGACAACUGGGGAAGUAAGAAACUUUGCUUAACACAAGGUGACACAGACAACCCACUUGGUUUGUUCCUACAACGCUGUGGAUACCUGGUCGCCCAAAAUGAAAAUUCGAAGGACGGAGAAACGCAAUGUAGGAGGAGUAUAACGGGUGCAGAUAUACUUGCAAAAGUGACAGCAAACAUCGAUGACCGUCAAAUUACUUCACAUCUUACAGCUUGCGAAUCGAAUUUGACUGAAGAAGGUAAGCCGAAAAAACAGGCAUCCUUUAAGUUCGCUGAUCUUCUCGAUUGUCUUCUAAAUCACAUAGACAGGUAUAAUGAAGUGUGCCACUACUCAACUCACUUCGCGAAGAGGCAACCAUGCUCUACAUAUGAGAUGUUGAUUUGGCUCAGUGGCCUUCCAUACAGCGUCGCACAGCACUCGUUGUUACAUGACGGCAUCGGUAACUUGCUUGACAACCCGAACAAAGCGCUUGCAGACGUCGAUGGUAUCUCACUGCUUGACCACGAAUCCUCAUACCUGGAUGCUAAUCCAAGGAAAAUCACGUGGUAUGGCAUUAAUGAAGCGCUUGAGAUUCUCUGUUCAUCAUCGUACGAUCUUCUCGUUAGUAUCGCUGGCACUGGAGACGCGGACACCAUCUAUGGGAGCGACCUGUGCAAUAACUCAUUUAAAUUCAAGUACCCCGCUUCCGGCGAAGAUUGCCUGGACAUGCUUCUGGACAUCCUCCGCAGACUGUUUCCGCCACUCAGAUUUUUGCAGACACAGUGUUCCGUCGGCGCAUCGCAUAACGGUUGGUUGCAGUGCACUUACGGUAGGGACGUGCAACCAGCUACGUGGCCCUGCAAGGAGCAUCCAACCGACAGGUCAAAGUGCCAACCAAAUUGCCAACCAAAGUCCCCAUUAAUGAGUUACCUAUCCGACUGUCACGUCGGUUGCCUGCCUCAUCAGCUGACUUCAAUCGGCUGUAGAUACGAAUGCAAAACCUGUCCAAGUAAUAAGCCAGGGAUGCCCUGCUUGACGCCUCUCGGGUUUAGGGGUUUCUCCGGUAGCAUGAAGACAGGGAGAGACCUGUGCAACGUGCUGGCCAAAUUCUUCGGCAACCCCUAUCUCGCAUCCUUCCUUUGCCUAGCUCCCAAAGCGCCGUCAACAUUGCCCGAGCAUUUCUCUUUCACCUUGUCGCUAGUCACUGGAUGGACUAGUCGCUCCAAGUACGACACCCAGACUCUGAAAGAUUCCAUCGACAAGUCAAUCAACGGCGUAUCAAUCGAUCUGUAUAAGAACGCAUCCGAACUCACGGAUGCAGUUAGCAACGCUUACAGUCAUUGCACAGCUGAGGAACCCAAGUGCGAAGACAGUCAUCUGAUGGAUCUUACGUCGUCGAGCACGUGCAACAAAAACCAGUACUCCGCUCCAUAUCUUGAAUCGUUAUGCGCCGAUUCAUACUUGUAUUUGGCCAACAAACAUUCCAACGCAUAUCUCUCAUGGGUUUUAUAUCUCCCGUGGAAUUUCCACAAGUAUCUUGAAAGUCUCCUCGGCGCUUUUAAAGACAUCUUUUGCAACGAUUGGGGUUGCAGAAGCUGCUUGAAUGGCAAAUGUAAAAAGGGCGAACAUGGUGUACUGGAUAAUACAUGUCAGUGCGCCUCAAUGGUCAAAUGUAGUGGUGUCAUGCCAACAUUGUACAGAUAUGGUUUCGCAUUCCAAGACGCGCCGACGCUGGAUGCUCGCAAAUCCGCCAUGAAAUGUUUUGAUUUCCAAACGCUAUUGUUCAAGGUCACGCGUUCCAAUUACUUCUCAAAAUUAUUCGACGAAUGUGACAUGCUCCUGUGGAGAAUUCGUGAACCCUUCUCCUACCUUGUAAUGGCCCUCUGGCUCCUCUCCUUGUUGUACCUCCUCCACAUCAUGGUCAUCCGGCUCGAUCUCCUCCACAUCAAAUCGCAUUUGCACUCACCCUCAUCGCAUCGCAUAGCUGCUCAAUCACUACUUGCUGCUGGACGCGUUAACAAGCUUAACAGGGUGUUUUAUCUGCAACCAUAA